ACUGUGAACUUCAUAACAUCUAUCAAGACUCAGAAAUGUGAUUAUCUUUCGACUUAAACCAGAAGCUACUUAGUGUUUCAGGCAACGUUAUCAUCGUGAAUAGAAGUGACCAGAGACUGUCAUUGUCAUUCAACUGUUGAAACCACGCCACCUGUUAACGGACAUUUGACAUAGCCGUGUGGUAAUCGAUAUCAACGAUCACAUGGACGUGGCAACAGCUUCGAGAGCCUGAUCGGCGCUGAAGUCAGUCCACAUCAGUUUUAAGAAGAACUGGAACUGCAGCCCGUGGUCGGUCUCAGUGGAUGAAUUAACGGUGACAUACGUAUUACGUAGUACAAGUAGACAAGAAUAUACGGUAUCUGUAAGUAACUAGAAAAUUGUAGUAACUCUCAAGCUAAAUCAGCUUGAACGAAGUAAUAGCUAACCGAUUUAGAUUAGCCACUAAUCUUGAAUUAUCUGCGACGUCAGUUCCGGAAUCCAGGAUUUCUUGAAUAUGUUUUGACUGGUCUCAAGGAGGACCGCCACACGAUCAAUCCUGAUGACUUAUCGACCCGUUGAAGUAAAACCCCCCAGCAGAAGGCUGAACAAGCGGUUCAAAACUAAGGCCACAGUGGGUUCUAAAGGAGCUUUCAGUCGGCACUUUCUUCAGAAUGCUUUUUGCGAAAACUCUCUUUAAGAAGACUAGCAGAUUGUCCUUCGCUGCCCAUCUCCCCUUGCCACUGCAGUGCUUGGCCUUGCUGAUGAAUCGCCCCCUCCAGAAGAAACCAGCGAAUAGUGAAAGCAAAAAUGAAAGAAAACUCUUCAUUGGAAUGCUGUCCAAGAAAUUAAACGAAAACGACGUCAGACUGAUGUUCUCGCCCUUUGGUUUUAUUAAGGAGUGUACUGUACUCAGGGACGCUAACGGACAGAGCAAAGGUUGUGGAUUUGUUACGUACGAGUCUCGCCAGUGCGCCAUAAAUGCUAUCAAAGGCAUGAAUCACUUUCAGACUAUGGAGGGUUGCAGUAACCCUCUAGUGGUGAAGUUCGCUGACACCCAAAAAGUAAGAGAUCUAAAACGAAAGCAGCAGAUGAUGGCUAACCUAUGGAAUACAAAUAGUUUUGGAAAUAUCAGUUCCUUGACACCACAGUACUUAACACUGCUUCAAGCUUCCCAAACUGGAAACUUUGGAGGCUUCAACAAUGUUCAACAGCCAGCAGGAGGUGAAUGUUAUGGUUUUGGUUCCUUGAAUGUACAGCAACAGUUGGCUCUUCUUGCUGCUGCUCAGACCUCAACCAACAAUAGUAAUACUGCUGAUCCCAAUUCUAUGAUGCUCCAGAACUUGGCAACAUUAGCAGCAGCUGGAGGAGGAAAUAAUUCAACAGGUAUCAGUGGCCUGUCUGCACCAGGCAGUGUGUCAGGAAACAUGUCUAGUGCCAACUCCUCUUUCAAUGCUAUGAAUUCUAUGAGUCCUGUGUCUAACAUGGCCAUGGGUGUUACCACAAACUCCCUUUCCAACAUGGAGAAUCUGACUGGCAUGAAUAGUCUUGGAAAUACAGCUGGUAUUGCAACAAAUGGUCCAAAUAUGGAUCCCUUUGCCCAAGCAUACUCAGGGAUGCAGCAGUAUUCAGCUGCAAUGCCAGGAAGUUUUUCUCAGGUUGGACUUCAUCAGAAUCAAAGCCCUGCUGGAAAACAAGUAGAAGGACCAGAAGGUGCUAACUUGUUCAUUUACCAUCUUCCCCAGGAAUUUACGGACAAUGACCUCGCCCAAAUCUUUCUUCCCUUUGGAAAUGUGAUUUCUGUUAAGGUUUUUAUUGACAAGCAGACAAACCUUAGCAAAUGUUUUGGCUUUGUCAGCUAUGAUAGUCCUAUGAGUGCACAGACUGCCAUCCAGGCCAUGAAUGGGUAUCAGAUUGGCACAAAGAGACUUAAAGUACAGUUGAAGCGAUCAAAAGAAUCCAACAAACCAUAAUUAAAUGUAUCCAUUCAGCACACUAUCUAUCUUCUAAAGGGUAUGUAUUUUGUCUCUGGUUUUGUCAUCGAAGUCAAAAGGAAGAACUAACAGGAUAUAUGUCAUCAGACUUCUUUGUUUUGUUUUAAUAAUUCAUUAAAGAUGCUUCUUUUUAUCUAAAA